ACCAACUUGGGCGAGAAUUGUCAUUCUUACCAGGCAUAGAGCGUGCCGUCCAUUUCCAGAAACCGACCCAGACCGUGCGUAAAACAAACUGCGCUCUACCCAAGGUGUUCAGAAAGUCGCUGCCGGUCUUUGCGGAGCAUUUGGUGACUUUGCAGAACAGACUUACUGAAGACAUUGAGUAUCCUUACCGUGUUUCGCAUCGAGACAUGAUCAGACACUGUAAGCGUAAACGACUGAAGAGUCAAGACAUCUCUGGCCGCCUGGAGCCCAACCAUCUGAUGAUCGUACUGCAACAUGAUGACGACUUCAAUCAACCCAUAGCAAGCAUCAAUCCGGUCCUGGAAUGAAAGGGCCGUGUGUCAACCUGACAACUUGUGACAAGCUUGCUCUAGUUGGUUCUACGCAUGCUUCCGCGUCGGGGGUGUCUGGCUUCCGAAAACCCGGUGUUGGACCUUGGACAAACGAAGAGACGAACACUCGCGAUUCCAGCUUUCCAUUUCUCUCUUCUUCCAUGGACUACACGGUCUUUGUCUAAGAUUUUGCUAUAUCUUCUUCGCUCGCUCUUCCUUUUCCUCAAGCUUCAUCACAGCACCCCUGAACCCCUUACAACAACCUUAUCCACCAACUUAACAGAUAACAUGGCUCGUGGACCAACCAGAAGUCUUGCCGACAAGACCACCGGCGCCCUCGCAGCUUAUAACAAGACCCUGAAGACACUCGCCUCCCCUAGACCCGCAUCAAUCACCAAACGCUACGCCAUUACCUUCAGCCGAGCAUCUGGACCAGUCAAACCCAGGUCCAAGUACCGCAAGAUGAAGGCCGCCACAAAGAGCUUGUUCCGUCAAAUCUACCCUCUCCUGGAGACCGUGGAACUCACCGGCCAAUACCACAUCUUUGCGACACAUAAGCCAUCUUAUCACCCCAUCGUCUUCGGAACUGAUGUCGGUCACGGUGCCAAAAAUCGCGCUGUAUCUGCAACAAUCACAACCAUCCCUGAGCGCAGCGAGAUCUACAUCUGGGUCCGCAGCCUUACUGGAGUCACAACCGAUUGGGCAUCGUUUAAGAUGUUCAUUGAGGACCUCAUGAAACGCCGCAAGAACCACGUCAAGCUCUUCGUUUGGGCCGGGAUGGUCCAAAACCGCUAUCUUCUUCAGGAGGCGGCCGCUCUGCAGGCCAAAUUCUCGCCCAUCGCACAUGGCCGUCUUGGCUAUGGCAUGGAGAUUGACGUAGAUCAAUUUGUGGCAAACAAGACCGACGAUGGGAUACUUCACUCCCUCUGCCGCACCUUCGGCCGGGUCAACUCCGGAAAGAUGACCGUGCCAGAGGCGAACGCAGCAUCCCGCCCUAGCGGUCGUAACACGUUCAACAAGGAGGCUGGCAAGAUCAUCACUAACCAUGGCAUCUUCCGUGAUUUCAUUCGUUGAAUAGUCUCUCUCACUGGACAAACUGCUAAUGUCGAAAAGCUUCUUGCAUUUUGACAGCUAUUUUAGCCUGGCACUUGGUCCGUGGGAUAGAUCAAGGGGGUGAUGGAUCAGGGGUUGGUCAGAAGGGAUGGGAGAGUGAUGGAUCAGGUCUGGUCAGAAGGCUUGAAGAGUUGAUUCGCAUCAGAAUUGGUGUUACUGGUGUCUGAUGAAUUGGGAGUUGCUUCAGGAUUGCCAAUGAAAUUUCGUU